CGUUUUCGUUGGAGCCGCUGCCGCCGCCGCCGCCGUCGCCGCAGCGGUCGCCGCUGCCGCCUGCUCUCCGUGCCGUACCCUCGGUCCCCGGCCGCGCGGAGCCGGGAUGCACUGCUCCUGCUGUGGGUCCUCAUCAUGGAGACUAAACGGGUGGAGAUUCCCUGCAGCGUCCUGGACGAUCUCUGCAGCCGAUUUAUUUUGCAUAUUCCCAGCGAGGAAAGAGACAAUGCUAUCCGAGUGUGUUUUCAGAUUGAACUUGCCCAUUGGUUUUACUUGGAUUUCUACAUGCAGAACACACCAGGAUUACCUCAGUGUGGGAUAAGAGACUUUGCUAAAGCUGUCUUCAGUCAUUGUCCAUUUUUGCUGCCUCAAGGUGAAGAUGUGGAAAAAAUUUUGGAUGAAUGGAAGGAAUAUAAAAUGGGAGUGCCAACAUAUGGUGCAAUUAUUCUUGAUGAGACACUUGAAAAUGUAUUACUGGUUCAGGGGUACCUAGCAAAAUCAGGCUGGGGAUUUCCAAAAGGAAAAGUAAAUAAAGAAGAAGCUCCUCAUGAUUGUGCUGCUAGAGAGGUCUUUGAAGAAACUGGUUUUGAUAUUAAAGAUUAUAUUUGUAAGGAUGAUUACAUUGAACUUCGAAUCAAUGACCAGCUUGCUCGUUUGUACAUCAUUCCAGGAAUUCCAAAAGAUACCAAAUUUAACCCGAAAACCAGAAGAGAAAUUCGGAACAUUGAGUGGUUCUCCAUUGAGAAAUUGCCCUGUCAUAGAAAUGAUAUGACCCCAAAAUCCAAACUUGGUUUGGCACCGAACAAAUUUUUUAUGGCCAUUCCUUUUAUCAGACCAUUAAGGGACUGGCUUUCUCGAAGAUUUGGCGAUUCCUCAGAUAGCGACAAUGGAUUUUCCUCAGCUGGUAGCACACCAGCUAAACCCACUGUGGAAAAAUUGAGUCGAACCAAAUUCCGCCACAGUCAGCAAUUAUUUCCUGAAGGUUCUCCCGGUGACCAGUGGGUAAAGCACAGGCAACCACUGCAACAAAAACCAUAUAAUAAUAAUCAUUCUGAAAUGUCUGACCUUUUAAAAGCAAAGAGUCAAAGUAUGAGGGGAAAUGGCAGAAAACAGUAUCAAGAGUCACCUAAUCAAAAGAAAAGAACAAAUGGGGUCCACAGCCAGCCAGGCAAGCAGCAGAAUCCCUUGAUGAAAUGUGAAAAAAAACUUCCUCCACGAAAGCUUCAGGAUACUUUUGAAACAGAUGCUGUAUAUGACUUACCUUGCUCCGGUGAAGACCAGUUGCUAGAACAUGCCGAGGGCCAGUCUGUGGCAUGAAUAGACUGUGGAUGGCAGGAAAUGGAAGCAAAGGUUCUCAACUGUGAAUGAAAUUGAGAAAGGUAAUAACUAUUCCUCAGCAGUUUGGUUUCUUAGAUGUGUUAAUAUUGAAUACUUUUGGAACAAAUGAGUAGCCGUACUCUUCAUGUCUUAACACAUAUGAUAUGCACUGAUGAUAGAAAAGCACAAAAGACAUAUCUGCAGAGUUUCUUUGUGCAUUUCACUACUGUCCUAGGGCGCUGCUGUCUCUGGUGGUCAUUUUAGGUUUGUGUUUGGAUCUUGCACAAGUACCUUUUAAUUUCAAAUGCGAGAGCCCAAAGAACUGAUUCUUUAAUUUUACUUUUUUGCUAAUUUCAUUUCAAAGUUAGGACAGGAGACAGGUAACCUGACUUCCAUUUUAUAAAUAUUAUAAACUGUUUUUCUUCAGUAAUAAAUAGGGAAGGAAAAUAAAACCAUGAACUAUUUUGCAUAUACAUAUAUUUGUGUAUAUAUAUACACACAAUAUAUAUUUUUUCUAAUUGUUUUUGAAGUUUGCUUAUUAGCUUAAUACUUUAUAAAAAAUUCGUCUUUGCUAAGUAUUGAUUCAUACAACUCAGAUUUUUAAUUUUACCUGUUUAAUGAAAUUUUAGAAGUCUUAUUUCAGAAUAAAAUGAUUGAUCAAAUGGAAUUAUGGUUAUUGUGUUAACUAAAGUGACCAUCAAAAUAAAAAUAAGGGCAUACAGUUUAGUUUGGAUGGGAAAGGGAAUAAGAAUUGAUUUCUUUAUAUUUCCCGCCUAUUUCCAAAACAAGAUUUGAAGUGUCUUUGAUGCUGUGGAGACUAGGUAAUGUUCAUGGAACACACGUAGUCGUAAAACAGUUUUCUUGGGGGUAGGUUUUAGUCUGAAAAAGGUGAAGAUAUUUAUGCUGAGUCGUGGACCGACAAAAUCUGGUAGAAAAAAAUUGAUGAAAUGGUUUUGCUAAACAUGAUAUUCCACUUGAGAAAACUGAACUUUAGAGUAAAUGUGAUAACUAAAUAGGUUUGUAAACUUUAUUCAGCAAUAAUUUUUGUCUCAUGUAAAAUGAUUUAACAUUUAAUUUUUACCUUAAUUAUAGCAGUAUUUUAUUACUUUACCUUCUAGGGCAUUUUAAUGUUUCGAGAAAGACUGUGUAAGUAAACCAUUGGAGUGAUUCUGUCUAUGGUAGUAAUGAAGUUUUUGGUGCUUGUUUUGAUUGUCAAACAUUUAGGAAAAGCAGAAAAGGAACCCCAAAAGCAACCUUGUUGGUGCACCUUAUAGUUCAACGAAUUGAUAACCUUUAGAGUGGUAUUACUUAUUGUGUUUUCAGGGUUUAUUACAUUCUGAUUGAAUAGUUUUCUCUUUUCCCCUCAGUGUUAAUGAAAGGAUAAGGAUUUUACUUCUAUUGAUUUUCACUUAUAUUGAGUGUGUCUAUCAUAAGUAGAGGAUUUCCAGUGACUCAUGUUUAUGAAUCAGGAGUUUAAAUGUUUGCAGGAGUCGACUAGAAAUGCCAGCUGUAUUCUCCACUGAGAAAAUGAACAAAGUCCAGUGUCUUAACAGUUAUGCUCUUUUUGAAAGCUUUUGAUGUAAAUAACACCAUUUGAGAAAUGAGAAACCUUCUAUCUUAAAUACAGUUUGAAUGAUGGAAGGUGUCCUUUGUAUUUUAAAACAUUUUUACAGUUGAUUGAUUGUUCAAAUAUUGGCUUUCUGUAAAAACAUUAUCAUGUUAAAUUUACUCUUUGUAGUGCAAUAUCAAUAAAUUUUGCUGCUUGGGCAGUUUUAAUUACUACCUUAACCUGGCUUCUGCUACUGAUACUU